UGUGUUUGACUUACGUGUCCCAAUACAUAACAUGGCGCAGCCGCAGGAUUUCUAAAUAAAACUUAGUAAACGAAUUAGUAGUAUCGGGAUACUAAUUGCGAUUCGGACUUAAAAGUGAUUUGUUUAUGUGUCGCGACUGUCGCGAGUUUACGCCGGGCGUAGAUAGUGUGUUAUCGUUGAAAAAUGGAAUCGUUGUUGCCUCCACCGCCGCCAUUUACUUUUUUGAACAAUGAACAGAAUGUAACGUCUGGAAAUGUUUCAAAAGACUGGGAGAAGUGGAAAAAAUCAUUUGAAAUUUAUUCCGUCGCGUGUGAGCUAGGGAAAAAGGACGCAAAAGUGCAAAUAAACACUUUAUUACAUGUAAUUGGUGAGCAAGGACGUGAAGUGUAUGAACAAUUUAGUGACACGUUUGCAGAUUUAAACAGUUUACUUAGCAAGUUUGACUCUUUCUUCUUGUUGAGGAAAAAUAUCACUGUACAAAGACAUUCAUUUUUUACACGCGAUCAGAAAGAUGGAGAAUCAAUAGAACAAUACUCGUUUGAACUGAAAAAAUUAGCUAACAAAUGUGAGUUCAAGGACUUGUGCGACGAUUUAGUACGAGACAGGUUAAUUUGUGGCAUUAAAGACACUACAAUAAGGGAACGGCUCCUUCGGGAACCAACUUUAACGCUUCAGAAAGCGAUUGAUAUCUGUAAUAUAGCACAGAUGUCACGCGUGCAAGCAGGCGUUAUAAAAAAGGAGUCGACAGAACAACACGCGUAUUACAUAGAGGUCGAGGUCGGGGUGGCUGGCGAGGCGGGCGCUUCGCUCGACCACCGCUCGCGCGCCCCCCGUCUGCCGCUCGCCCCGCCGCCGCCGGAUCAGCUGUUCGGCGACCAUAUGAUCAACGGGAUAACGGAAUCAAUUAUGGAAUGCGCGCUGCCUGUGAGAUGUGUGGAGUGUCCCAUGAUAAUCAGAGAUGUCCAGCUUAUGGAAAAAGGUGCUUGCGGUGCAAUCGGUUAA